AUGGGUCCCAUACUUCCCAGAAAGCCGUUAACUGCCCUCACUAGGCGCAGCUUACCAGGCAAUCUGAAUAUUUCUACAUCAUUGCGCUCUACUUCGACUCUGCAAGCACAAGCACAAGCACAGCUGAAGACAGCCCCAAGCCCCUCCUUGCCUCCCCUCUCUAUUGUGCCGGCCCGCAUCUUGCUCAGAUCGUUGCUAGUCUCUACGAUCUCAUCGAAAAGAUACCUCCUCAUUCCCGCCCUUUCGAUGAUGUCCUUCCUAUCCAAGCCUGGCAGAAGUUGGCUAUUUGAUGUCGAUCGAAACCCUAUUCUCCAUGGAGUCCUAAAGAAGACAUUCUACGAACAAUUCUGUGCUGGUGAGAAUGGAACAGAGUGCAGAUCUACGAUUCGAGAGUUGAAGAACAUGGGCUUCCAUGGUGUGAUCCUGACAUAUGCGAAAGAGACCGUUUUUGACCACAGCACUGGAUCUCAGCAUGGUCUUGGUAUUGCCGAGCUCAAAAGCGAGAGCGGGGAUGUUUCUAUCGAUGCGGCGGUUCUCCGAUGCCCCAGCAUUGAGGCAUGGCGGGAAGGAACACUUAAGACGAUUGAUAUGACAGAGGAGGAGGACUACCUCGCAGUAAAACUUACUGGUGCUGGUCCUAAAGUUACUGAUGCCUUUUUCGCUGGAGAUUUACCUCCCCAGCAGAUGAUUGAUGCAUUGAAUGAAAUAUGUACGAAGGCCAAAAACAAAAGAGUUCGCAUCCUUGUAGACGCUGAAUCCUGGCGUUUCCAAAAGGGUAUUGCGCGUGUGACCUUGGAUCUUAUGCGCAAAUACAACCGUGACGGCUACGCCACUGUCUACAACACCUAUCAGGCCUACCUCAAGAGCACACCAACAAGAUUGGCCAAAGAUCUUGCGGCAGCAAAAGACGAUAAGUUCACACUGGGACUGAAGGUCGUAAGGGGCGCAUACAUGGCCUCGGAUGAGCGAUCCCUCAUUCAUGACACCAAGGAAGACACCGAUAACGCAUACAAUAUGAUUGCCCAGGGGGCAUUGAGAAGAAACAUUGGAGAGUUUGGAGACAAAGGCAGCCGUGCUUUCCCCUUGGUGAACCUUUUCCUGGCAAGUCACAAUAAAGAAAGUGUAGUGAGUGCGCACAAUUUGCACAAACAACGUGUUAAGUCCGGAUUGCCUACCGUUCCUGUGCGAUUUGCUCAACUCCACGGCAUGUCGGAUGAGGUUAGCUUUUCGUUGCUUGGAAUGAACGAUGGUGAUGGAACACCAGAAGUUUACAAGUGCUCAACCUGGGGAGGAUUGGGUGAAUGCCUGGCCUAUCUUCUCCGUCGGGCAAUUGAGAAUCGGGAUGCUGUUCAACGGACGGAUAGCGAAUAUCAGGCGCUGAAGAAAGAGGCUUUCCGGAGAUGCAAGUCCGCUUUUUCUCUUUCGACAUCUUCAUAG